GUGUAGUAGAUAAGUAACUCAUCAUCUUCCUGACAAUGUGAAGAACAAAUGAGCAUGGCAUCUUGUCCCCUCUUCUCAGCUAACUUCUUAUCUGGUUUCUCCAAAAGACCAACCAACCUUCUGCUAUCUUAUCAAACUAAUCAUCCUGCCUUUAGUUCUCUUCAAUGCAAUAACAAGAAGAGAGACUUCCCAUUGCCAAAAGUAGCUUCAAUCCCCUACCAGCCACCUAUCAAUGUGGACUACUUGGAGGGUGAAUUUAGUGGCCAUGGAGUCACAUUUGAGAUUGUCAAUGGCAGUUGUGUGGCCAAGAUGGUGUUAGAAAAUGGAAGCGCAGUGAGCCUGAUGUUCCCAAGUGGCUUGAUUACCUCAUACAAAGCUCCCAUGUGGCAUGGGGGCAUCAUGGAGUUGCUGCACACAAUAGUCUGUGAGGGGAAAGAUGAUGAUGCUCUUAUACAAGGAGGAGUUUCCUUAGCCUUUAGCUGUGGAGGAAGUGAGAAUGAAGUUCCAUGGUCUCCAUGUAACUGGAGUCUGCUUGACAUCAGAGGAAAUUCUCAGGAUUCCGUUCAGGUUGAACUAAUUAGCAGAGAUGGAGCCGACAUGGCCGAUGUAAGAUACAUUGUAACACUGGACAAAUCUGUCUUAAGCUCGGAGCUCGUUGUCUUGAACACUAAAUCUUCAUCUCUUCAAUUGACAGGAUCUUUCUUGAGCCAUCUAACAGUAAGCACACCGGAUGCCACAUAUGCUAUUGGAUUGGAAGGAUCAGAUUUCUUCGACAGGGCACCAUUUUCAUCAAAUUUUGUCAUAGUUCCUCCAGAGAAUUCCCAGGAAAACAAAUUUAGUCUUGGCCAACUAUGGAGUCAGAUGAGGUUUUUGUCUGGUUUGGGAGCAACAAAUGAGCAAAAUGCUGAUGAAGCUAAUAGCACCUCAAGAGAAAGUGUAGUACAAAUGGAUGGUGAAGAAGAUGAUAACUAUAAGCAGUUAACUGAGAAAAUGAGCAGAUAUUACACCAGUGCACCAACUAACUUUACAGUUAUAGACCGGGGGAGAAGAAACUCAGUUGUAGCUGGAAGACAUGGAUUAAACGAAUUGUACCUGUUCAGUCCCGGCUCAAGACAUGCAUACUAUAGCAAGUACGCUUAUAUAUGCAUAGGUGCAUCAGCCAUGCUCAAGCCAAUAAUCCUGGAACCUGGAGAUGUAUGGAGAGGUGGACAGCAAUUACACAACCCAAAUAUGUAAAUCAAGCAUUGGCAUGUAUCUCUCUCUUUGUCUGAACGGAAUUUCUGUAGGUUGCUAAAAACGGAUAGUUUGAACCACUAAAGAUGAAUAAAUACUGUAACUUCUGAAUUUAUGCAAGUGCUGUUAUUUUGCAGUCAA